AUGUAUAAAAAUCUAUUAUUAUUAGUAAUAACUGCAUACCUGUGCCCAUACACACAAACACUGGGCCCCCAAUGCGUAGGCAAAGCCCUACCUCACAGCCCCCAAACGGACCACUGGCUCCGGGUGCUCAAACACGAUGGACUAUCACCUUUCAACAAUAACCCUGGUACUUACCAAGUGUUUCGUAACGUACGAGAUUACGGGGCCAAAGGGGACGGUCAAACCGAUGACUCAGAUGCCAUAAACCUGGCCAUCAGUUUUGGCGACCGGUGUGGCAUAGGGUGUGACUCCAGCACCACAUCCCCGGCCAUCGUAUACUUCCCGCCCGGGAAAUACCUAAUAUCCCGAUCGCUCCUACAGUACUAUUUCACCCAAUUCGUUGGCGACCCCAUAGAACUCCCGGUGCUAAUAAUGGCGCCCGAUUUUGAUGGCGACAGAGUCAAAGCACUGGUAGCCUCUAACCACUACGGGUCGGGUGGGGCCGAGAUCUGGACGAAUCAAAACAACUUUUAC